AUGGUUGAAAAGGGGGAAUCUUAUGAGCCAAAUCUCGGAUUGGUGAGGAGUGUUUCUUUCCGGGAAGAGGAAAAUUUUCAUAGGCAGGCCACUGGUUUUGGGGCCAGUGGGUCAAGGAAUACAAGCCCACUUGGUCGGAUGGGGUCAAGGAAUACAAGCCCUUCUAGGCAGAAGGGGAUUAAGACUAAACCACGGGGUUUAGAUGAAGAGACAUUGGCCACGUUUAGUAAAGCCAUACAGCCUGAUAUCCAGAUGGAAGAUAACAUAUGGGCCAUGCUGCCAGAAGAUUUAUUGAAUGAAAUCUUAGCUAGGAUUCCUCCUUUCAUGAUUUUCCGGCUCCGUUCUGUUUGUAAAAGGUGGAACUCAAUUUUGCAAGACAAUAGUUUUUUGAAGUUUCAUUCUCAAGUGCCCUCUCAUGGGCCUUGCCUUUUGACAUAUUGGAGAAACUCGCAAACCCCUCAGUGUUCAGUCUUUAGCAUGCCUUUAAAACAAUGGUUCAGGAUACCCUUUACGUUUUUACCACAGUGGGCAUUCUGGUUGGUUGGUUCUUCAGGGGGUCUCGUAUGUUUCUCAGGACUGGAUGGGCUGACAUUCAGAACUUUAGUUUGCAAUCCCCUAACACAAACUUGGAGGACUUUGCCAAGUAUGCAUUAUAAUCAUCAAAGACAAUUAAUUAUGGUUGUUGAUCGGAAGGAUCGGUCUUUUAAUGUUAUAGCCACCAGUGAUAUUUACGGUGAUAAUUCUUUGCCCACAGAAGUGUAUGAUUCAAAGCUUGAUAAGUGGUCACUUCACCAAACAAUGCCUGCUGUAAAUCUCUGCUCCUCAAAGAUGGCAUAUUGUGACUCAAGGUUGUAUCUGGAAACUCUUUCCCCGCUUGGUUUGAUGAUGUAUCGGCUGGAUACAGGACAAUGGGAACACAUACCAGCAAAAUUCCCACGGUCUUUGUUGGAUGGGUAUCUAGUAGCUGGCACUCAGAAACGUUUGUUUCUAGUUGGAAGAAUUGGCCUUUAUAGUACAAUUCAAAGCAUGAGGAUAUGGGAAUUGGAUCAUACAAAAUUUGUCUGGGUUGAGUUAAGUCGGAUGCCUCCGCGGUAUUUUCGAGCUCUUCUUAGAUUAUCUGCAGAAAGAUUCGAAUGCUUUGGACAGGAUAAUCUAAUAUGCUUCACAUCUUGGAACCAGGGGAAAGGUCUUCUAUAUGAUGUUGAUAAAAAACUGUGGUCUUGGAUUGCUGGUUGUGCUUUUCAAUCAUACAACAGCCAUGUUUGUUUCUAUGAGCCGAGAUUUGAUGCCAUGAUUUAA